CCUAACCUAAACCGCACUGCCAACCUUAUGUUCAACCCUAACCUUACAUUAAGACCAAACAGCUAUAUAUAUUUUUUUUUUCAAUUUGGAUUUUGUGGCUAUAGAACCUAGUGGAAACCGCCAAGCAGGCAGCUUUGUCAAACGAACACUAAACUCUCUGACCGGCGGCUUGCGAGCAAUCAAAAUGCCGUUUUUUUCGCUAUUGAGCUGGGCAUCACGACAUGCAAUGUAAUGGACUUACUCGUUGGGAAAACAUUCAUAUUGAUAGCGAAAGACGUCUUUGUUGAGAAACCGGACUGUCCCGACAAUUGGAUGGAGUAGCAAGCCAGCGCUACGUCUGAAAGGCGAGAGGUCUAGAACGGCUGGUCGACCCAACUCAUUGUAAUUAUUAGCAUAGUGAGGAGCAGCCGACCCGACCACCAUGCCUCCCAGGCCAUCUUCGGGGGAACUAUGGGGCAUGCACUUGAUGCCCCCGAGCAUCAUGGUGGACUGCCUUCUCCCCAAUGGGAUGAUUCUGACAUUGGAGUGCACACGUGAGGCCACACUCAUUUCGGUGAAACACGAACUCUUCAAGGAGGCCAGGAAGUAUCCUCUCCACCACCUCCUGCAGGAGGAGACCUCCUACAUCUUUGUCAGCGUUACCCAAGAGGCUGAGAGAGAGGAGUUCUACGAUGAGACGAGGAGACUGUGCGACCUAAGGCUUUUUCAGGCCUUCCUGAAAGUCAUCGAGCCAGUAGGCAACCGAGAGGAGAAAAUACUCAACCGAGAAAUUGGUUUUGCCAUAGGAAUGCCUAUAUGUGAGUUUGACCUGGUCAAGGACGCGGAGGUCCAGGACUUUAGAAGGAACAUAUUAAAUGUCUGCAAGGAGUCUGUGGACCUCCGAGACACUAACGGACCCAUCAGUAGAGCGUUGUACGUCUACCCUCCCAAUGUAGAGUCGUCAGUAGAACUACCUAAGCACAUCUUCAAUAAGCUUGACAAAGGUCAAAUCAUAGUGGUCAUAUGGGUCAUCGUGUCACCGAGCAACGACAAGCAGAAGUAUACGCUGAAGAUCAACCACGACUGCGUGCCGGAGCACGUGAUCGCAGAGGCCAUCCGCAAGAAGACGCGUAGCAUGCUGCUGUCCCACGAGCAGCUCAAGAUGUGCGUGCAGGAGUAUCAGGGCAAGUACAUCCUCAAAGUGUGCGGCUGUGACGAGUACCUGCUGGAGAAAUACCCCCUGAGUCAAUACAAGUAUGUGAGGAGUUGCAUCAUGCUGGGGCGCAUGCCCAACCUCAUGCUAAUGGCCAAGGACAGCCUGUACUCACAGCUGCCCAUCGACACCUUUACCAUGCCCUCGUAUGCCCGCCGCAUCUCCACGGCCACUCCCUACAUGAACGGCGAGACGGCCACCAAGUCUCUGUGGACCAUCAACGGCACGCUGAGGAUAAGGAUACUGUGUGCCACCUAUGUCAAUGUCAACAUCAGGGACAUUGACAAGAUCUACGUCCGGACUGGGAUUUACCACGGUGGGGAGCAGCUGUGUGACAACGUGAACACUCAGCGCGUGCCAUGCUCAAACCCCAGGUGGAACGAGUGGCUGAACUACGACAUGUACAUUCCAGACAUCCCCCGCGCCGCCCGACUCUGUCUGUCAAUCUGUUCUGUGAAAGGGAGGAAGGGGGCCAAAGAGGAGCACUGUCCACUAGCCUGGGGAAACAUCAACCUGUUUGAUUACACCCACACGCUGGUGGCUGGAAAGAUGGCCCUCAACCUAUGGCCCGUGCCCCACGGCCUGGAAGACCUGCUCAAUGCUAUCGGAGUCACCGGCUCCAAUCCGAACAAGGAAACCCCUUGCCUGGAGCUGGAGUUUGACCACUUCAGUAACCCAGUAAAGUUCCCCGACAUGCCGGCCAUCGAGGAGCACGCCAAUUGGAAUAUAUCCCGGGAGCUGGGCUUCAACUAUUGCCACACCGGUUUGAGUAACAGACUGGCAAGGGACAACCCUCUGACGGACAGCGACAACGAACAGCUGCGCCUGGUGUGUAACAGAGACCCACUGUCUGAAAUAACUGAGCAGGAGAAGGACUUUCUCUGGAGGCACAGACAUUACUGCGUCAGUAUCCCGGAGAUACUGCCCAAGAUUCUCCUGGCAGUGAAAUGGAACUCCAGGGAUGAGGUUGCACAGAUGUAUUGCCUUCUAAAGGACUGGCCAGCCAUAAAGCCAGAACAAGCCAUGGAGUUGCUGGACUGCAACUUCCCCGAUCCCAUGAUCCGAGACUUUGCUGUGAAGUGCCUUGAAAAAUACUUAACGGACGACAGACUCUCUCAAUACCUCAUUCAGCUGGUCCAGGUUCUGAAGUACGAGCAGUACCUCGAUAACCCACUGGCCCGCUUUCUGCUGAAGAAGGCUUUGACCAAUCAGCGGAUAGGACAUUUCUUCUUUUGGCAUCUCAAGUCUGAGAUGCACAACAAGACAGUGAGCCAACGUUUUGGUCUGCUACUGGAGUCCUACUGCCGGGCCUGUGGCAUGUACCUGAAGCACCUGAGCAGACAGGUGGAGGCCAUGGAGAAGCUCAUCAACCUCACCGACCUCCUCAAGCAGGAGAAGAAGGACGAGGCCCAGAAGGUUCAGAUGAAGUUCCUGGUGGAGCAGAUGAAAAGGCCUGACUACAUGGAUGCCCUACAGAGCUUCACCUCUCCGCUCAACCCAGCUCACCAGCUGGGAAACCUCCGCUUGGAAGAGUGCCGGAUGAUGUCAUCGGCCAAACGGCCUCUGUGGCUCAACUGGGAGAACCCCGACAUGAUGUCAGAGCUGCUCUUCCAGAGCAACGAGAUCAUCUUCAAGAAUGGAGACGAUCUGAGGCAGGACAUGCUGACUCUGCAGAUAAUUAGGAUAAUGGAGAACAUCUGGCAGAACCAGGGGCUUGAUCUCAGGAUGUUGCCGUACGGCUGCCUGUCCAUCGGCGACUGCGUGGGCCUGAUCGAGGUGGUGAGGAACUCCCACACCAUCAUGCAGAUCCAGUGUAAAGGAGGCCUGAAGGGGGCGCUGCAGUUCAACAGCCACACGCUGCACCAGUGGCUCAAGGACAAGAACAGGGGAGAGAUGUACGACCAGGCCAUUGACUUGUUCACACGGUCGUGUGCUGGAUACUGCGUAGCCACCUUCAUCCUGGGGAUCGGUGACCGACACAACAGCAACAUCAUGGUCAAAGAUGAUGGACAGCUAUUCCACAUAGACUUUGGCCAUUUCCUGGAUCACAAGAAGAAGAAGUUUGGCUACAAGCGAGAGCGGGUGCCUUUUGUCUUGACACAGGACUUCUUAAUCGUCAUCAGCAAAGGAACCCAGGAGUGCACAAAAACCAGGGAGUUUGAGAGGUUUCAGGAGAUGUGCUACAAGGCCUACUUGGCCAUCCGGCAGCACGCCAACCUCUUCAUCAACCUGUUCUCCAUGAUGCUGGGCUCCGGCAUGCCCGAGCUGCAGUCGUUCGAUGACAUCGCCUACAUCCGCAAGACCCUUGCCCUUGACAAGACAGAGCAGGAGGCCCUGGACUACUUCAUGAAGCAGAUGAAUGACGCCCACCACGGCGGCUGGACCACCAAAAUGGACUGGAUCUUCCACACCAUCCGCCAGCACGCCAUGAACUGAGAGGUUCCAUAGGCCUGGAGAGCAGCAGCAACGCAGAGAGGACAAGGGCGGAUCUCGACACCAUCCGCCAGCUAAGCUCGCCAUGAGCUGAGAUGGCAGAGCAGACAGGGCUAGCGCCCAUGAAUAUAGGUAUGAAUGGAUAGAGCUGUUGGAUGAAGUGAAAGGCGAGAACGGGUCUCUACAUCAUCCUCUAACUUAUGAACCCAUCCGUUAGAAGGGUGCCAACUGGAUAUUAGGGAUGCACCAAUGGGGAAAUUAUGGGCUGAUACGAUAAUCAUAUUUGUGGGCCAUUAUUUUUCCCAUAUUGGUAUUGCAAUAUGGCCAUAAAGUUUUCUCCUUGUAAAAUUAGGGGACCAAACACGAUUACAAACAAUUGAUGAAGGCUGAUCUAUUGUAUUAUCAGUCGAUAGUGAUAUGAAGGGUGAUCUAUUGCUUUAUCGGCCAAUACCGAUAAAGGUCGAUAUAUCACGUCUACUGAUAUGGUGGCCGAUGUUAAAAAAAAAGUAAAAACAAAUAAAAAUAAAUAAAUAAAAACAUAUUUUUAUAUAUAUAUAUAUAUAUGUAUGUAUGUAUGUAUGUAUGUAUGUAUGUAUGUAUGUAUGUAUGUAUGUCUAUAUAUAUAUAUAUAUAUAUAUGUAUAUUAUGGUCAGCCGAUAUUGUGCAUCCCUAUAUAGCGUACCCCAUCCACUAGUUUACUAUGAACAGAGUGGAUCUCUAGCCUGCAUUCUGCUAGCACGCCAGGACACCAUGAAGGCCUGCCCAGGGUCAUGUUCAUUAGGGCAUGCGACAGAAAGUGAAAUUGUUUCUUAUUGGACAAAUCAUGGCACUCUGUUUUCUUCCGCUUGGAGCCCAAUGAACACUACCCAGAAUACCACCAGCAUUGUUAAAUCCCAGUGGUGCAUGGUUAACAGACACGAGGAUGUCCGUUCAUCGUCUGCCAUCAAUUUUAAGGCUAGCGAGCAGAACUUUCUGACCCAUGUUUGAUCUCAAGUGACGAUUACACACAGUGUCCCCUCAGAUUGAAAGAGUCAUGUUUCGUGACCUCAAGUAUGACAUUUUGUACAGAAGUAUCCCAAUGGUCUCGUAUCCAUACUGUGCACAUAUUAUUCUGAGUCUUUAUUUUCUACUGAGCCAAAGUACUAAAAUAUAUAUAUAUCUCUCACACGCACCCCCCCGACAGCUUACUUAUCGGUCUUACCGUGGGAAUGAGUCACUACUAUUCCAAUCCCUGUGUAUCUUCUGUGUAGCACUGAUCUCUAUAACAUUUGUAUUUGUUUGUCAGUGUUACGAUGCGUGUGGCGCAUUCAGGUGCAAAAUGGCUGCCGUCCAGCACCGUUGGCUGCAACGCAGACGUUUUGGAUGACCGACAGAAAAGAACUGUAAAGUCCUUUUGCGACGCCCAGAUGAAAUGGAUAUUCAAAUUCAUCCUCGUUCUGUUGUUAUUGGUUGCUUUGUUUUUAAAGGGAAAGGGGGGUGAAAAGGAUGUGCAAUGUUAUAGUAUGCCCUGCUGUUACACUAUGCAAAUUGUGAUAUUUAUGUACUGUACUAUAGACUUGUAAUACUGGUGUCAAGAGAUGGGAGUAUCUCUGAAUUGUGCAUAUACAUGGCAUUAAGGGUGUCUAUCAACUAUGUACAGACAGUACACAGAAGACAAAUGUACAAUUAUGCACUGUGACAGUAUCAUCUAUCUCUUCCCUAACAGGGUGACUCUGGAAGAACUGUGAAAAAAGGCUAUUGUACCCUGCCUUUCACUUUAGGAAACGAAACAACCCACAAGUCGGAAAACUAUCAGUGAAACAUCUAAACAGACAUUUUAGGAAGCGUUUGAAACCAUUUUUAAUUUUUGUUCAACUGUGAAUUGGAAUUUGCUUCACCGUGUCUUUAUAAAAUUCAAGUAUGUAUAGAUUAAACACUAUUCCAGACUUCCUCAGCAUUCUCUUUCAUAUGAACUCCCUAUACAGUAAAGUUGUUUAAAAAAAGAGACUGAUGUGAAUGUGGUUUUCCCUUCAAGUGUCUUUCUGUUCCCUUCCCCGACAACUUCCCUUCUAAGUGUGGAUCCUGCAGUUUGCUCAUUGCAUAGAGCUACGUUAUUAGUCCGUGGUAUGCCAGCUUCACCAAAUGAUUUACUGACUGUGUGUUUCUGUACUGGUUACAGACUGUUGGGCAGGACCCAUUCAAAAAGAGAUGACUACAAUACCCAUAUUACAUACACUAUGCAAAGAGCUAUCAAAUGUUUAUUUUCGUUUUUGCUGUGGGAAAUGUCAUCCUUUUCUUUUACUAGUGUUUACUUGAAGUUCAUGUUAUUUACCUUUUUUGUUACUGGUGAUGUACAAUGGCACACCAUGAAGAGAACUGCUACUUUGUGCAAAUCACUUUCCUUGAAUAACUCUAGAGGUAAUAUAUAUUUUUGUAUUCUAAAUGUAGACAAACUCAAAAUAUAAUCGCUAACCCUCCCAAAAACAUUGGACUUAUGCAUAAUACAUCCUUUUACACCCCAGUAGACAGCUUGUAGUUGUUGAAAUGAGUGAGGAAUGAACGUAAGAGCUUAAUAAGGAGGAGAAUGUAUCUAGUGGAGUUUCACUGAAGGUCUGCUGCUCUGGCUAUGAGUACAGUGUAAAAGCACAAUGGUGAAAAGCUAUCCUGCAUGUUUUUAAAGCUGAUAAUCUUAUCUAGCUAUUCAUCUUUGUAAAUAUCGUUUGACCUGUAGUAUGCACUAAUUACUCUUUUCAUACUCAUUCAUUUUACCAUGUCUGGAAAGAACCCUGUAUUCAUUCACUCACUGUACUGUUUAAUAAAAAUAACAUUUCUCUGUA